GUUUUUUCAAAUAAUUAUUAAAUGGGAAAUUCUAGUACGAUUUGUCUAUCAAGUUUUAUUAGGGUUUCUAGUAUUAAAACUUUGAUUACUAUAUAAUAUUUUUUAGGCUUCGACGAAGAGAGAAGUACUAAAAGUCUUUUCAAAUUAAUAAAGCUGUAAAUAUAAACAAAAAUAAAUUUUGUGGACAUUUGGGACAGGUGGGACUUCGAUGAAAAUUACGAGAAAAUAUCUCGUAUUGAUUUUGAAUCCCAAAUCUAUUUUUUGCCGUAAGAAAAGUCGCAUUUUGCAACGUCUUCUGAAAUCGUACUUCACUGCCGAUGAUUCGCACGUGUGCGCAUGACUUAUGAGACACUUUACAAUCGUAUUUAUCGAAGGAAAAUGAGCCCGGGGUAUUCACCGGAAUUAUCGUCGUCUAGAGUGUGCGAUAAAGCAGUUGUAAAAUUUGUUUACACUGUUUAGCAUUCGGCGUGGCAAGCUACGUAAACGAAAAACGCGAUAUGUACGACACUUUCGCAAUAGUGAUAUAAAAGAUUUUCAACGGCGAUAAACGUCGACAACAUCAAGAGUAGUGAACCGUUAAUUAUCUGAAUAUUACUCUAAUUUAAUUAAUGAGAAAUACGUGUUCUGUUAAUCUUAAGUAUGUCACUCGGUCAUGGUAAUUGGUAAUAUUCAUGUUCUUCUAAAUAAUCAUACACAGUUAAAUUACAUAGUGCUACAUUCCUGUAUUUUAUCUCGGAAUUAUUGCAGACACUCAAAAUUCCGCUGCUUCUAGAUCUAGAUAAUAGGUCGUAUUUGGAUAAUGAACACCAUGGAGAAUUACACGAUAAAAUUCUUAAAGCGAGCAUUGUGUGCGCGUCUUGUGUGCCGUUUAUUGUUUCAUUUCACCGCGAUGUAAGACGAUAAUGAAAGUUGACGAUACGGUGUUGCUCGACGAAUAUAAACAGGGACAAGCAGCUUUGAUUUCUCACGACGCGACGGACGUCAAGGAGGAUACGCGACGCAACGCGACACUUCAGAAAUAUGUACAGCCGCGGUCAAAGACUCAGGACAAAGCUAUCCGACAGGUGGUCACGCGUCUAUUCUACAAUUAUAGAAACAUUUAUCUAUCUCCCUCUCUGUUUGCGUGCGGUAACGAGCGAAUUCAACGUAUCCAGAAUGUUUUCAAUCCGGCGGGGUUUGCAGUUCGACACAUAAGAUCGGAAUUUUUCACGCGUCAUUGUACCAUUGAUAAGAUUCCUGGACUGAAGCAAUGCGACCUGAAAUGUGCAAAGGAAAGGCUCCAAUUUCGUUAUGGGAAUGAAAUGUUUUUUACCGCAAGUUCCAGUCGCGCGAGGAAAUUUUGAUUGUCGCUUAGACG